AAUGAACACAAACAGCUGGAGGAGGAGAGAGACCGCUGCAGAGGUUUGACAGAGACUGAUGUUUGAGAGAGAUUCCUGCAGAUGUUGGAGAAAGACUGCAGCAGAUGUUUGAGAGAUUGCACGUUUUUAAUAGCGAGCUCGGGUGGAUGCAUGUGCAUGUCUUACUGUAGAUGGCAGCAGUGCGUCUAAAGUGGCGAAACAAGAGAGGAAGAAGAAGAAAAUAAACUUUUACCGGAACAGCGCGCACGUUGGAUUGUUGCCCGCAGAGAGAUGCAGAGUGCUGGAGGCAGAGCGGAUCAGGCUCAUCCUCUGUUUGGAGGAGGACUGUCAGCUGUCAUCCCGCACAGCUGUACAGAUGUCAGUGAGCUGAGGGAGAUCCCGGAUAACCAGGAGGUGUUCGCCCAUGCACACACCGACCAGAGCCUGAUCGUGGAGCUGGUGGAGUACCAGGAUCAGGUGGCAAACCAGGAUGCUGCCAGGUAUCACUUUGAAGACAUCGCAGGCAGUAAUAAAGCUUUAGAUCCUGGUGCCUUUGAGGUGACCAGUGUUGUACCCCUGCCAAAGUCUGAGCUGUCCCUGUCGGAGUGCAGCUCCGCCUGGAGGCUCACCGGCACACAGUGUGUAUCCAAGUUCAACGAAGAGGCCAGGAAUACAGUGACCCUUCACCUCGGUCUGUUCCGUCUGCCGCAGUUCUCCACAGAUGUCCUGAUAACCUUCAAUGACCCGCAGAGCAUCAGCCCUGACAGCAGCAGUGCAGCCGCAAUGGGGACGCACAGAGAGCCAUGGACCGUGCAGGACUUCCAGUGCUUGUUGCAGUCUCUGACUCUGCACAACCCAGGACUGUUUGGGUAGAACAAGUGCUGCUUUCUCAGUGUGGGACUUCACCUGCUUAGUCUUUAUCUAUAACACAGGCACAUUAAAACAAACUAGAUCCACUAGAAAUGUUUUGGGAACACAAAUGCUUUAGAUGGACCUCCUCUGAGCGGUGGAUGAAUAGAAACACUUCUGAUCUACUUUUUCAUGUUGACAUUGUUCUGGCUACUAAAAUGAACUGAGAGCCAAAUGUUAAUGGGUUCUUUGUCAUAAUAAAUGUUUUGGAUGAAAAAUCUUGGACUUCUGUAUACUGCCUGAGAAAGAUUUAUUGGCAGGUUAAAAGUUUUCAAUAGUAAGCCUGCACUGUUUGGA